GGAAAAAAACCCACACAAGAGGGCACCAACCCCCCUCAGCAGCAGCUCACAGGGACACGGCCACUCCGUGUAAACACAGGGCUGCAACCGCUCGCCUGCACCGUUACAUAUUAUAUCUGUCGUAUGUUAUGGAUACCGACAACGAAGAAGUUGCAAUGAAAGACUCCAGAAGACGAGAACGUCAAUCGGGUCACAUCACUUUACAUGACGUUCAAGCUUUGGAGAAUUCAGACUAUGACAUCGGCUUGUGUGGCUGGCUGUUGGUGGCGCUCUCCAUUCUCCUCAUGCUGGUCACUCUGCCCAUCUCCGUAUGGAUGUGCCUUAAGAUUGUGAAGGAGUACGAGCGAGCCAUUAUCUUUCGCCUGGGGCGCAUUUUGCGAGGAGGAGCCAAAGGUCCAGGGCUGUUCUUCAUCUUGCCGUGCACUGACAGCUUCAUCAAUGUGGACAUGCGCACCAUCACCUUCGACAUCCCCCCCCAGGAGGUUCUGACCAAAGACUCUGUGACGGUGAGUGUGGACGGCGUGGUGUACUACCGGGUCCAGAAUGCCACUCUGGCUGUGGCUAACAUCACUAAUGCGGAUGCCGCUACCCGGCUGUUGGCCCAGACCACCCUGAGGAACGUCCUGGGCACUAAGAACCUGGCGGAGAUCCUGUCCGACCGGGAAGAAAUCGCACACAGCAUGCAGUCCACUCUGGAUGACGCCACAGACGACUGGGGGAUCAAGGUGGAGCGGGUGGAGAUCAAAGACGUCAAGCUGCCCCUCCAGCUCCAGAGAGCCAUGGCGGCUGAGGCUGAGGCCAGCCGUGAGGCCAGAGCCAAGGUGAUCGCAGCGGAGGGAGAGAUGAACGCGUCGCGGGCACUGAAGGAGGCCUCCCUGGUGAUUGCAGAGUCUCCGUCAGCCCUGCAGCUGCGCUACCUUCAGACCCUCAGCACCAUCGCCGCCGAGAAGAACUCCACCAUCAUCUUCCCGCUGCCCCUGGAGAUGAUGCAGGGCUUCAUGAAACGCUGAGGAGGGAGUCUCGAAACACUACUGUUCACAUUAGCGAUGUCAGUUUCGGUUCAUUUUGCUUUCGAUAGGCCGAGUAACUAACCGGUUCAUUUUUAAGAAAAACAAACCCGACAUGAAUUACUAAAGGUGCUGUCCUUUUACUCCGACGCUCUGUUGACUCAAAGAGCUUUGUCGCCGCAUUUCAAAGCGCUACAUCCGAUUUUAAUGUUUUGUAUUGUAAAUGCCUUUUAUUCCAUCUGCUGUUGGCUUUGCAGACGUUUAUUAUUAUUCAGGACACAGAUGCUCCGAUUGAUCAUUAUCAGCUGAUAUUCAUUCUAUACAGUUUGAUCGGUGGCCUCUAUAAAAGCUAACCGUUCACAUGCACACACACAACAUGCAUCACUUACACACACAUAUUUAGGCCUCUGUGUCUAUUAAUUAAGCAUGUCUCUUUGAACCAGCAGUGCUAAGAUGAAGUUGUGUUUGUGGUUCCUGAUGCACCAAGACCGUUUGGCAAAUAACAACCAAAUGUUAGUUGCCACAACAGCUCACCCUUCAAAGACCACAGCUGACAGCCGGGCGGCGUGAGAGGAAGUAACUCUACACCAGGAGGGAGCAGCAGUCUGCCCAUUGAAAGGUUUUGUUUUUUUACUGAAUUUUAGGAUAAAACUCAUUCUAACCUCGGCACCAAACACGGGCAUGCUGGCAUGAAGAUCUGCUGUUGCUCUUCUAGAGGCACCGGAUGGAUCCACGCAAAAGCUGCAGUGGCGUAAUCCAGGUGGAUUGCCUUUUGUUUGCUGUAUCACAAUACUAACCUACAGGAGAGGUUGACACUUAUCUUAAAGCUCAGAGAGUAGGGUUUGGACAAAGUGACAUGCAAAUAAUAACACAGAAACACACACACACACACACACACACACACUACACUUUUUCUCCAGUUGCCAAUACUUUUGUAGCAGAUUACAUAAAAUUUGGCAGUCAGGCUGGAUAUUACAUAUGUUUACAGUAUGCUUUCUAUUCAUACGUAGUAUACAAUAUAUUUAGAAGGGUGGACGAAAUGUUAGGAACGCAUCAGAUAACCGUAGAGUUGUCUAUGGCUAAAGUGAACACGUAUCAGCUGUACAGGUGGUACUGUGUGUUUUGUAGGUUCCUAUUAUUUCGUCCACCAGACGGUUUCACUGCUUAGGAGAAGCCGUUCUCCAACCGUUCUGCCUAAAGCCUUAACUUACUGCCAUCGAUUCAUUUUACAGCCUAAUAUCACGUUUCUAUGCACUACGAAAUUAACAGUAAGCUACAGUAUUUUAUCACACGAGCUCUUUCUAGGUGCAAACAAGCCAAAUAGUUCAACCUCUUUGUAUUCAUCUCAUUUAAAACUGACAUGUAGUUGUUCCAUUUGUCCUCCUUUUGACAUAGAAAGGACAAAGUGUAAAUGUACGUUUAGAGUAUUUUAGUGUCUGUGUGACUCAGUAGUGUUAAUAUGUACGUGUAUCUAUACAGAAUAAGUAGAACUGCAGUCAUGAGAAGUUUGCUAUAGUUUUGCUGUGACUAGACCGGGUUUCAGGUUUAAAGUAGGCGCUGUAGAUUUAUUCUUUUUUGUAAAAUACAAAGGCUGUUACAUCAUUAUCAUCAUUAUCAACUCCUGUUUAUUUGAGAAGCCACCACAGAGCGAGAGAGUAGUAUUAUUGCGACAGCUUGAUAGCAGAGAAUCUGGAGUAAAGAUGGUGACAUACAUACGACCACAUCGUGCUGCUGAUCACCGAGCAGCCACUCGGUAGUGUUGCAUCAUUCUCGUGUCUUUUAGCUCUUAUGAUUUGGCUUUCACUUUCAGAAGAAACCCUGCUCAUUGUAGUAUGUUAUGUUAAUGUUCAACACAUCACUUAUUUUUUUAAGUUUUAUUCAGAAUUUAUGGUUGUGUUUCUGUAGCUAACACUAUUUAUUUUGUACAGUUUGCUAAUGUUUGAUAUAGUUUUACCCUGACACAAUACGAAUAUACAAAGACUUUAAAUAAAGACACGAUCAAAAAACA